CUCGUACAGCUUCUAUCACCAUGACGGCUCCCACCCGCUCCAUUGCCAUCGUCACCGACUACGACUGGUCCUACGCCGACCAGGAUACGGACCGCUACGUGUUCGAGGUCCUCGCACCUCACCUUCGCUCCUCGCUUCGGGAGGGCAAGAAGACAGCGCAGUGGACCGACAAUUGCGCCGAGCACCUGCGCCGCCUGCACGCCGAGGGCUUCAAGCAGAAGGACGUCGAGGGUGCUCUCCACACGCUCCCGAUCCACCCGGCCAUGCGUCGUGGGUUCCGCAAGACCAAGGAGCGCCAGGACCUCAAGACGACGAUCCUCUGCCUCUCCAACUCGAACUCGGUCUACAUCGACACCAUCAUGAAGCACCAGAACGACGCCGACCUGUUUGACGAGGUCAUCACCAACCCGGCCAAGUUCCGCGACGACGGCCUCCUCGAGCUCAAGCGCCGCGUCGACCCGAACGGCCCGCAACACGGCUGCAAGGUCGGAUGCUCGCCCAACAUGUGCAAGGGCGCCGAGCUCGAGGCGUGGAUGGAGCGCAACGGCGGGUGGGACUCGUUCGACAAGGUCGUCUACGUCGGCGACGGCUCGAAUGACCUGUGCCCGGUCCUGCACCUCCGCAAGCAGGAUGUUGUCCUCGUCCGCUCGUACCGCGAGCUGUUCCGCCGCCUGCAGGACUCGUCGGCGGCGCACGUGAGCGACGUCAAGUGCACGGCGGUGCCCUGGGGCGGCGCGUGGGAGGUCGAGAAGUGGCUCAAGGAGGAGCUCUAGACGAGCGGCCGGCGGUCGGGCGGUCCGAGCGGGCUCGAGACGUUAGAAAGGGCGGCAGGGCGCGUCGAUAUGCAGUGCUCUGUGUUCUGUGGCCC